AACAACUCCUCAUGCACUAGGCAUUCUCAAUUUAUAAACUUCUUCCACCAGCAAAUUUGCAUGCAUAGCCUAAUCUACCCUCAGAUAUUCAUUCUUAACUAUUUCAUCACAGGUUCAUAAGAACCCAGAUGAUCAUUCAUGUCCUUGGACCACCACAAAACUUCACUCAGCUUUUCGAAAUAGCUCUUGCUUUUUUCCGCACCAAAAUGCCCCUUUCAGCACCUACUUUCUCUCUAAUUCUCUUAGCUGUGUUCAUAUCAUGGACUCCUACAAAUGUUCAUGCAACAAAGAGCAGGGAUCUGCUUGCAGCCAUCGAAGAAAUGCAGAGAUCUACGUAUUACACAUUCGUCGUGCUCAUCAACAUGGCACCCGACGACAUAAACAUACAGGGGAAUGUCACUUUCCUCAUGCCCAAUGAUCGGAUUCUGGCUAAUUCAACCUUCCUCAGUAAUGAUGUAUCCCAAUUCUUACUCAGGCAUACCAUUCCCUCUUCAUUAUUUUUCGAAGACCUGCAACAUUUUCCAACUGGCUCAAUGAUUCCAACCCUCAGACCCGAUACCAUGCUCCAUGUUUUCAACGGAGGUAGAAGACAUUUCUUUCUAAACAAUAUUCAGAUCAUUACUCCGAAUAUAUGCACUAAUUCGACGAUCAGAUGCCAUGGCAUUGACGGCGUGAUCACGCAGGCUGAUCAGCACGAUUCCAAUCCUCCUCAAUUCUCGUGUUCGAAUCCUACGAAUGUCAGUAGUAGUCCAGCUUCAGCCCCUGCCCCCAGUGGCAGCAUUGCUCCUUCGCCUACAGAAAAUACCAUUACGGCAUCCCACUCAGCUUCUUGCCGUCAAUUUUCACCGGCUGGAGUAAUCAACUUCCUAAUUACUUGUGUUCUGGUACCAGGACUGUUUUUCAUAUAGAUAGGCUAGUAACCUCAAUUUUAUGUAUCCGGUGUUAUGAUAUUCCAUAAAUUUAUUAAACUCUUAA